GGCAAUAUUUAGAUGUCAUAGACACACAUGUGUAAACAACCCCAAUCCGUGACCAUCGAGCACUUGCUAUUAGCGCUCAUUGCUCGUGGUCUAUCCUCGCGCCCUUUCACUUUCUCUACCAUGUAUAUGGGCGCUCAAUUAUCCUCAAGAUACUCUUGUUUUUUGACCCACCCGCCUACUCCCUUCAGUGUUUGGUGUUACCGGAUUCAGGAUUCCCCACUUUCUGGUUUCACCAAACAUUCAGACUUGAUUGGCUUCGUGUCGAAAUCCCGACAUCCUCACUCGGCCUGAAGGCUGAAGACUUACCCCAAACACCUCACAUGAUCACUUUGGUGUUUUGGCCCCUUCACCUUGACUUCUCCCUUUCCUGAAGCCUCAAGUCUAUGCACCCCCCCCCCCCCCCCC